AUGCGUCCCGUUCCGACAUCAGCGGGCUCUGCCCUGCGCACUUGGACCCGACACACCCUUCCUACCAGCUCCACCUCCGCUUCCUCCUCAUCCUCUCGUCUUGCCAUCACAGCUUCAAACAUUCCCCAACGACGACUGGAAUCCUCCGGGGCAGCAACAUCCGGUAGCUCCAGCUUCCAGAGCCCUUUCCGGACGCCCAAGUAUGAUACACGCAAGAUCCCCAGCUUCAAGACGUACGAAUCCAAAAACUCCGAAGUCACGAAUCGAGUCUUUCAAUAUUUUAUGGCCGGGUCAAUGGGAUUGUUGGCUGCUGCCGGGGCGAAAAACACUGUGAUAGGUAGAGACACCCAUAUUGGAGCUUCAGCAGGCUAUGAUCAUGAGCCCAUUGCAGCGGUGCGACGGAUUCAAGUGGUACAGAGCUGA